GAUAAACACUCUGAUAAAAGUGUAAUGUAUGAUUCCGAGAUUCUUAAUUCCGUACAGUCAGAGGUUACUUUGAGAAAAAUGGUACAAACACACAAGGGCAGCCUCAUCCAUUGCAACCCCACUUGUCUGGAGCUGGAUUUCAUUAGUCCAGCUGUAGAUAACAGUGUAAAGACUGCUGCUUGCUUUGAAUUGUCUAGUCCCAAACUUAAUGAUAGCUUUGGAAACAGCCUUGUAGAUACAGAAGAAAUUAAGUGUCAUGAUCAGAUCCUUGCUGGGAAUAUAAGCCAGAAUGAAGAAGACAGAUGUGAAGGUACUGUCAUUUCCAGUAUUUGCACAGAAGAGUACAGAACUUUUGGGCAGGUCUGUGAAACAAAAGGAAACAAUGCAAAUGGUAAAGAGACGGGGCCAAAGAAUGGAGAUAAAAGUUUAGUGGAGAAGAACCAGGAUGGUGGUGUACAAGGGCUGGCUAAUGUGACAUUUGUACCCAAGACUGUUGCAUAUGAAAAGGAGUCGUUUGAGGCUAGAGAGACCAUUCCAAGCUGGAAAACUCUCAUGGACAUUGACAUAAGUCCCGAAGAUGUUUUCACUUGCAGGUCUUCUCAGUUUGAGGAAUCUAGAAGUGUUGAUAAGUUUACUCAUCCCACUGCUAAAGACAAUGAAAGAUUAGGCAACCAGGAAUGUGGAGCAGAAAUCAUGCUGAGAGGUCCUUGUAAAGGUACAUCCAGUAAUUUGGAGUCAUUUGUCACAAAAGGCAAAAUAAGUUUGCAAGAUGUUUCUCAUGCUGCUAAAAAUGGUGAUGACAAUAACAGCAGCAUUUCUCAGAAGUCCAAGUCAUCAACAAGAGAUGUCACUAUUCCCCUCUCAGCUUUAUCUCUACCGUCAUCAUCAGCCUCAUUGUUUACAGAUAGUAAUAACACUUUUAAAAGCAUGUUAAAAGAAACUAAUACCAUCACACAACUGGAAUCUAGAAAACUUUGCAGUAAUUUACAUGUAGAGAGUCAUACAGAACACUUGUCUCUAAGAGAGAAUAGCAGUAAAACAACCUCUAGCAGUGAUUUCUCAUGUUACCAUGAGACAGAAGCAGAUAACCCAUCUCAUAGCUUUGGAAACAAAUGUCCACCAGAACUUUCAAGUGCAUUAGAUGAUGCAGCCAUGGUUGAAUGCUUUCAUCAUUCAAACCUUUCGUAUUGUAAACAAGAAUGCAAGUCGUCAUUGGAAGCACCCUUACCAGAAGUGAAAGAUGGGAAGAGUACAACUAUGCAUACUCCAGUGUAUCAGUCCUUUCAAACAGUUUCAGAUGUGAUGGACAGUGUAGGAUGUGUUCUGCAUUCCUUUCCUUCACGGGAAAAAGAUUCUCAACAAUCUGCCAUGUCAUCCCCAAGGCUAGGGCAGGCUGAGAAUCUUGAUGAAUCCCCAUUGACAAACAUGCAAGGGGGCUUAGUUUUGGAAGGUCAAAAUAUCAAUCCAAGUUCAGGGAGUAUUAAUCCUUUUGUUGGCUUGGAUGAUGUAGAGGAACCAGAAAAGCAGAAUAUUGCUGAAGUGGUCUCUGCUAAGCUGACAGGUUACAAGGUGCAGGGCAUGGUGUCUAGUGAUAUUGUCCGUCGUCACAUGUCGCCAAGACCAGCUACGAGUAACAUGAGACGUUCUUUGCUGUCAUUGCCUAUCUAUGAUCGGUGGACCCAAAGAGAUGCAGGAACGGAAAAUGUUGAUCCUGAAAAAUUGCGGAUCUGGUCAACACUGGAGGUGGAGUGCAAUGAAAAUAAAGAGAUAAAUAACAUGGUGGACUUAUUUUCUGUAAAGAGGAAUAAUGACACCUCAUUCCACAGUUGGUGUCACCAGAGAAACAAUGAUGGGUUUAGAUGCAUACAUGAGCAAAAGAGUGAGAAAAUUCUAGAUUACUGGAAUUCAAAAGCAACUGAUCACAGCUUGUGUCUUAUGCCACCCCAUGAGGGCACAGUUUGCUUGUCUUUGGCUGAGCCUGGAGACGUAAAAAACAGAAAUGUCAAAUCCCCUGUAAUGUUUCACUUAAAACCAAAGUCACCAAGCAUGUCAACUCCUUGGACACCAGAAGCCAAAUUACAAUCAUUUUCAGAUGCUGACUCUGAGGACCCAGACAAGAGUUUCUUUUUAGACCAGAACAUUGGAAGGCCUCAUUUGGUGAAGUCUCCACACAUUUCGAUGCAGUUUGACACUGUCCAAAACUUCUGUCAUAAUCAUGAAAGAAGUCUGCAAAUAGUCCCAAAUGCUAUUAAAGAUGUCAACCAUAUGAUGGAUGCUUCACAGAAACAUGAUCCACCAUUGGUCAGUGUUGGUGAUCAGUAUAGUAAAUUUACUAAAAGAGGCAUUUCCAUUUGGAGUCCUCAGCAUGCUUCCUUGAGUGAACUCAGUAUGCAGGUGUGUGGAAGAAAACAUAGUGCAGGAACUCUAAGCCCUAAAGUACCAGAGUUUGAAGUGCAUGACAAGGAUGCUGAGACAAACAUCAAAUGUCUCGACUCUACUCAAACAAGUCUCAAGCCAGAAACUUCAGAUGUUGGUGGUGCAUCACAUCCACGGCUUUCUUUAUAUUCAGGAAUGUAAAGAUUUUACCCAAAAGCAAGGAUUG